AUGUCGGGGUUCCAACAAGAGGGGUUCGUGGGCAACGGCGAGGCAGUCACCACCCAUGACCCAUCCUCAGAGACGCAGGACCGAACAAGACGCAGCGGGGGACAAGGGCCGGUUGUAGCCAACCCCUUGGCAGGCAGUGCUGGGGGGGCAGCGGCGGCAGCGGGAAGCAGCAAGAAAUUGGCGACCAUCCUUUGCUGUUUGUGCGGGAGGCCGAUACAGCCCAACGGUGCCAACAUGUGCGGUGCGUGCCUCCGGGAUCAGGUGGACGUAACCGAGGGCAUUCCGAAGAAAGGGCUCACCAUCAUUCAGUGCCGGCGAUGCCUGAAGUGGCUCACCAAGAACGACCACUGGUCAGGUUUCGAGCUGGAGUCAGCACCAUUCUUGGCACUGGUCCUCAAGAAAAUCCCGGGCCUCGCGAAGCAGGACCUCGUGGACGCGAAGUGGAUAUGGACCGAGCCCCACAGCAAGAGGCUGAAGGUCCGCAUAACCGUUCGCAAGGAAGUGCUGAACAAGGUCAUGCUGCAGCAGGACGCCACGGUCGAGUUCGUGGUCCACAACAGGCAGUGCAACGUGUGCAACAAGGAGUUCACCAAUCAGACGUGGAAGGCCAUAGUUCAGAUCCGGCAGCGGGCUGGGCACAAGCGGACGAUGAUGCUGCUGGAGCAGCGAAUCCUGCAGGCCGACGCGCACAGGAAAUGCAUCAGUGUCGAGACCGUUCGAGGAGGCAUGGACGUUUACUUCGGGGCGAAGCACGACGCCGUGGAGUUCGUGGGAUACCUCUCUUCGGUGGCUCCGAUCAGGUCCAGAGAAUCCACCAAGCUGGUUUCGACGGACAACCACAGCAACGUGCGCAACACCCAGCACACGGUUGCGGUCGACGUGCCCACCCUGUGUCGCGACGACCUUGUGGCCCUCCCGAGGGGAUCGGGCAACAGGCUGCAGGGGACGAUCACAGUGGUUCAGAGGGUGACCUCUGUCGUGCAGUUCGUCGGGCCGUCUUCGGGUCAGACCGCCGACAUGCCCGCAGACCGGUACUGGCGCUCCCCCCCCGAGCCCCUCCUGUCCGCGUCCUCCCUCACCGAGUUCGUCGUUCUUGACAGCGAGCCGGCGGAUGGGUUUUCCGCCGCAGGAGGCGGUGGGGGAGGGGGGGGAGGGGGGAAGAAGGAGAGACACGCCGCCGCGUCUUCGGCAGCUGGGACGAAGAACAAAAGUCUGUGGGAAGUUGUGGUGGCCCUAGACAGCGACGUCGGUAGCGCGGACGACACCUUCACGGUGUUGACGCACCUCAGCGCGGACUCGGCGGGGCUGCAUCCCCUCGAGGCGGGCGACAUGCUGCUGGGCUACGACCUCAGGGGGAAGAAUUUCAACGAGGCUCUCCUGAGCGGGCUAUCCGGCGACGUUCCAGACAUCGUCCUUGUCAAGAGGGCGCCUCCGCCAAAGACAGCACAAUCCAAGAAGAAGCGCUACAAGCUACGGUCGUUGGACGGGACGGGUGGCGGCGAAGGAGGAGGGGCCGAUCAUGGCAAGGGGGGCAAGCGGGGGGCCGGCGGUGGCAGCGGGAAGGCUUCGAACACGGGAGGCAGCGAUGAGAGAGAGAUCGCGGCACUCAUCGAAGAGCUCUCCAUGGACGAAGAGCUGAGGGCGGAGCUAGGGAUCGUACCGGAGCCGGACGAAGGCCCUAGCAGAGCGGCGGCGGCCGACCCCAAAGGGGAAUAUGGAGAAGGGUAGGGGGGGUAGGGGCACCGCGACGGAGUUUUCGCCUACGUGGGGUAAUCAAUUGCCCAGAUGAAAACGCCAGCGGAGCGAUGGGGGCAAACCCUGAAAGAGAGGACGCGCAGAAGAAGGUUAGAAGGGGUAAGGACACUGGAUGUUAUCCUGCUGGGGUUAUCCCUGGGCCAGAUGAAGACGCCAGCAGAGCGAUGGCGGCAGACCUGGAACAUGAGGAUACUAGAAGAACGGUAGGGGGGUUAUGGCACCGCGUGGGGUUGUUCACGACUGUGACAAGCCAGGCACUCCCCGGCGAAAGUUGUCUUCCGCUCGGACUGCUGUGGAAGCGAUAGACUGUCCAGGUGUACACCAGUGAGAAUUGAGACCCAAGACGUUUUUGUGUUCUUUUGACUGCCGUGAAGAUGUUUUGGUGGUUGACUGCUGUCCUUCGCUUGGCUAUGUACGAGCUGUUGUCUACGGUUCGAUCCCUUCUUCGUGAACAGUUUGGGGGGUCAGUCCCGAACAGGGUGACACGACAGCUUUCCGACAACGCACCAUUUGAUUUUGGCAUCCUCUUCGUCGUUUGGAGAAAAAUGAGGUCAAGGGGUGUGUGGUAUCCUUUGCCACCUAGCGACGGUUAUUUAUCUUGCUGCAGUACGCGCUACGCGCCACAGCUUCGGUGUUGUUCGAUUGUUCGUCUCGCGUGUGGCGAGACUGCAGCUUGACGACUGCUAGGGCGAGAGCGCCAUUGGAGUUGAGAGGGCGAGGAUCACGGGCGGGAUCAGGAGUAUCAUGGCACG